AUGACAAGUGACCUGGAAAGAUGGCUAGGUGAGGUUCGUAUUCCUCCCCGUGAUGAAACGCGCCGUAUCAUGGCGCAAUGUAUCAUAGGCCUUGCAACACUACACAGCCUUGGAAUUAUACAUGCCGAUAUGAAGCCGGCAAACGUGUUCCUCGAUGAGCGCUUGAACGUCAAGAUUGGGGAUUUUGGGCUUUCUCGAUUUUCCGUCGAGCCAAGACCACUUAGGGCCAACGUCGGAUACGGGAUCGUGAGAGUUGGUACGGAGCUACCAGGUGGACUAUUGGGCGUUGGGGGUCAUUUUGAUGGAGAUGCUGGUCGGAGACGAUGA